AUGAUGAGAUUAGGUUUGAUGGGGCCACGCAAUGCCAACGUUUACCUACGGCGUUGUAUUUCGCAUGUGAGGUUUAAUUCUGUUGUUUCGUCUGCCAAAGAUGCGCCUCGCACUACAGAGACCCAUGAUAAGGAAUUGAGCGCAGAGAUGAAAGGUCCACAAAUGUAUAAGUGUGAACAACCCACACAACCUGAAGACUCGUUCCAAAAUGAUUAUCAUAAAUACAUCAACUACACUUUGCUACCGCUUACUGUGGGAACAUUUGGAUCUGUGAUUUACACUGGUGAAGUGCACCCAAUGCUAGACUUUACUAUUAGUUCACUAUUCCUAUUCUCCACUCACUACCAUUUCACAAGCCUAAUCCUUGAUUAUAUACCGAAGGAAAAGUUCAAGAGACUUCACAAAUUGGCCAUAUAUUUGUUGUAUAGUGCCACUGGGUUCGGUCUAUUUGGUAUAUAUGAAUUAGAGACCAGCAAUAACGGUGUGGUAGAUCUAGUCAGAAAGCUAUGGUCUGAGGACGAUUCACAGAUUUUUUUCAGAAAAUAG